AGACCGGGAGGAUACAGACUAGAACACCACUUCAAUCCCAACCAGAGACCGGGAGGAUACAGACUAGAACACCACUUCAAUCCCAACCAGAGACCGGGAGGAUACAGACUAGAACACCACUUCAAUCCCAACCAGAGACCGGGAGGAUACAGACUAGAACACCACUUCAAUCCCAACCAGAGACCGGGAGGAUACAGACUAGAACACCACUUCAAUCUCAACCAGAGACCGGGAGGAUACAGACUAGAACACCACUUCAAUUCCAACCAGAGACCGGGAGGAUACAGACUAGAACACCACUUCAAUCCCACCCAGAGACCGGGAGGAUACAGACUAGAACACCACUUCAAUCUCAACCAGAGACCGGGAGGAUACAGACUAGAACACCACUUCAAUUCCAACCAGAGACCGGGAGGAUACAGACUAGAACACCACUUCAAUCCCAACCAGAGACCGGGAGGAUACAGACUAGAACACCACUUCAAUCCCAACCAGAGACCGGGAGGAUACAGACUAGAACACCACUUCAAUCCCAACCAGAGACCGGGAGGAUACAGACUAGAACACCACUUCAAUCCCAACCAGAGACCGGGAGGAUACAGACUAGAACACCACUUCAAUCCCAACCAGAGACCGGGAGGAUACAGACUAGAACACCACUUCAAUCCCAACCAGAGACCGGGAGGAUACAGACUAGAACACCACUUCAAUCCCAACCAGAGACCGGGAGGAUACAGACUAGAACACCACUUCAAUCUCAACCAGAGACCGGGAGGAUACAGACUAGAACACCACUUCAAUUCCAACCAGAGACCGGGAGGAUACAGACUAGAACACCACUUCAAUCCCAACCAGAGACCGGGAGGAUACAGACUAGAACACCACUUCAAUCCCAACCAGAGACCGGGAGGAUACAGACUAGAACACCACUUCAAUCCCAACCAGAGACCGGGGGAGGAUACAGACUAG